AUGCGGUUGAUACCACUCGUUCUUAUAUUGUUAGGUGACGCAAUUUUAUGGAACCAUCAAAAAGGAUACUACUGCUUCAAUUUAAUUCCAAAGCAAGGAAACAUUUUUUUUCGAACAUUUAGCACGUCCUGUAAUAACUACCUGUAUAAAAAGAAAAUUGCGCGUCAGAAAUGUGAAGAUGGCAGGGUGAAACACCAAUCGAACAAGAUACACCUUUCCCUUUACAAAGACAUAAACCUGGGGAAGAAAUACAAAUCGGGUGAGCAGUUAAAGGAACAGGCAAAAAAUGCCGUGAAGGACAUUCAAGGAGUUUGGAAGUUUUACUUCCCCGUAUAUAUAAUGGACACGGAGUUUGAAGCGGCAAAGGGGGAGUCAUUCGAAAGUAACCAGAUCGGGAGGGUCGCAGAGUUGGGCACGGCCAGCGGUUUGGGCAGUCACGAAAAUUUAGACGAGUUGGACGAAUUGGACGCAGCGGAUCAGUCGGAAGAUUUCAGGACGGAAGGGGAUGGGUCCAGCGAAACGGAGAGCUCCACGAAUGAAGAAGAGUCCGAUGACCCCAAUAUGAAUCUACUGAGAGGGGAACGGAUGCAGCCGCUACCCAUGUUUGUGUAUAACUGUGAAAACAUCGUGUCGGCCUCCUCGUCGACGCGCGCCUACUGGUCUAACGAAUUUUUGCAAAACAAUAUUUUCGAAUGCACAAUAAAGUUUGUUAACAAAAUGAAUAGCAAGUAUAUGAUCAUCCUGCAAGGGUAUUUAUUUGUGUCUAAAAUAAACGCUCUGAAGGACCAGAACAUUCGUUUGAUGCCAUGCCAAAUAUUUGGGAAUUUAUUUCUAGCUAAUAAUGACAAUGCAGAGGAAGUUUCGUUAAUUCCACCUAAUAUGAAAGUGUAUGAUAUGAAUGGGAACCAAGUUAAGGACAUUCUGGGCAUUUUGGAAAAAAAAAUCCCAGGGUUUCGGAAAGAUAAGAAAAAAAUCGAUUCCUUUUUGGGGCAAAAAAAGUGGAAAUUCUUAGGCGUUUCAACAGCUUAUAAAGUGGUAGGGGAGGGUAAAAAUAUGUUUAAUAUUAAUCACUUUUUAACAGGGAAAGAUGAAAGCGUUUUUUAUAAUGUGAUGGACUUUGACACAGUGAAUACAAAUUACAACCAAAACGGGGUUGUCCACUUGGAGGAAAUUUUUAAUUCCUAUUUUGAAAAGCCCCCGGCGGAUGUACUCUCCUUCAUUAUGAAAAAUCUCGAGGAAAAGUCCAUUAACGGCCCCUUUUAA